UCCUUUCGAGCCCCGUCUCCUUCUUAAACCCUACACCUCCUUUCCUCUCCCUUUUGUCUCCUUCUCCGGCGAUCAUGGCGGCGGAGUUGAAGAAGCUCUCUGAAAGCCGAGACUUGACUCGCAUAGAGCGAAUUGGAGCGCACUCCCACAUACGAGGCCUUGGCCUGGACUCCUCCCUCGAGGCUCGCGCGGUCUCCGAAGGCAUGGUCGGCCAGCAGCCCGCCCGCAAGGCGGCCGGCCUCAUUCUCCAGCUCAUAAAGGAGGGUAAGAUCGCCGGACGCGCCGUCCUCCUUGCCGGCCAGCCCGGCACCGGGAAGACUGCCAUCGCUAUGGGCCUCGCCAAAUCCCUCGGCGAGGAGACCCCCUUCGCCACUCUCUCUGGUUCUGAGCUCUUCUCCCUCGAGAUGUCUAAGACCGAAGCCCUCACCCAGGCCUUUCGCCGCGCUAUCGGCGUUCGCAUCAAGGAGGAGGCCGAGAUCAUCGAGGGUGAGGUUGUUGAGAUCACCAUUGACCGUCCUGUUGGCGUCGGCGGAUCUGGUUCGGGUUCUUCCUCCGCGGCAUCUGCCGGUUCUAAGACAGGGAAGCUCACGCUGAAAACGACGGAUAUGGAGACGGUGUACGAUUUGGGAGGAAAGAUGAUCGAGGCACUGAGUAAAGAGAAGGUCCAGAGCGGGGAUGUGAUAGCAUUGGAUAAGGCUUCCGGUAAGGUGACCAAGCUUGGGCGGUCGAUUGGGCGAUCGAGAGACUAUGAUGCAGUUGGGCCGCAUACCAAGUUUUUAAGGUGUCCUGAAGGUGAGCUACAGAAGAGGAAGGAGGUCGUGCACUGCGUCACUCUUCAUGAGAUCGAUGUUAUCAAUAGCAGGACACAGGGUUUCCUAGCACUCUUCACAGGAGACACCGGAGAAAUCCGAGCUGAGGUAAGAGAGCAAAUUGAUACGAAAGUAGCAGAAUGGAGGGAAGAAGGGAAGGCCGAAAUAGUACCCGGUGUUCUCUUCAUCGACGAGGUCCACAUGCUCGACAUCGAAUGCUUCUCCUUCCUCAACCGUGCUUUGGAGAACGAAAUGGCUCCGAUUCUCGUCAUCGCUACGAACCGAGGGAUCACAACCAUCCGCGGCACAAAUUAUCGUUCGCCUCAUGGAAUACCCGCCGAUUUUCUCGAUCGCCUCCUCAUCAUAUCGACCCAACCAUACUCCAAAGAAGAGAUUCAUAAGAUCAUCGAAAUCAGAUGCGACGAGGAAGAAGUGGAAAUGUCGAAGGACUCAAAAGUGUUGUUGACGAAGAUUGGCACGGAGACGUCUUUGAGAUAUGCAAUCCAUUUGAUCACAGUCGCGGCUCUCGCCUGCCAGAAGCGAAAGGGAAAGGUGGUUGAGAUGGAGGAUAUCAGUCGAGUUUAUUCGUUGUUUCUCGACGUGAAGAGAUCGACACAGUAUUUAAUGGAAUAUCAGAGCCAGUAUUUGUUCAGUGAAAUUCCCGGCGGGGUUGAUGAUGAAGAUGCCAUGAAUUUGUGAGAUUGGAGGGAAGAAGGUUUUGUUGUUGUUUUCUAAACUAGACUUCAAUGUCUAUGAUUUAAGUACACCCCACUACCUAUGUAUGAAGUUUGGUGGUGAGUCUGAGUUAUGAAAUUCCUUCUUUUUGUUGUAUUAUUUAAGGCCUUCAUAGAAGACUAGUGCAAAUGGUGUCAUUUUUCUAAGAUUUUAAAAUUUUUGGACUAUUUUAAAGCCAAUUUUGUAAUUCAGUGAUUGAUA